UAGUCCGGUCUGAUCUUGUCUGUCAAAUCCCAGCCCUGGCUGAUCCUUGCGCACCGGUCCUCCUUUGAUGGCGCUGGAAUAUGUGGCACGUGGAAGGGCAUAGUGAGCCUGGCUGUGCAUGAGGUGCCGGAGGGGGCAAACCAGGCCCGGAAGGUUUCUAAAAGCAAGAGGCUGCGUCGAGGCGCGGGGAGUGGAGGUGAUCCGAAACUAGAGGUUUCUUCAGAUUUCUAUAGGACGGACCCUAUGAGGAGCGGAGGUGGGGUACAGCCGGAGCAAAACCUGCGGAAUCAUCUCGGACCAGUCCAGCCAGCCAUUCCAGGCACGGUCACCUUUGGUACAGCUUGCCCUUUGUAGGAGAAAAAAAGAGGGGGAGAAAGUAGCUGCUGUUUAUUCCAGAAGCGACCGAAGAGAUUUUAGGACAAGCUCUUGCAAGGUAAUCCGCUAAUGCAACGAACGGCGAGCGGAAUUCAUCAGGCAACAACAGGUUAAACUGGGGAGGAGAGCUUUCCAAAUCCAAUCUCAAUAGAAAACAGAAGCCAAAAAAAAUUUCCAGCCGUUAUUAGGACUCCUGGCAGGAUCUGAUCAAGAAAAGGAGAAGGCAAAAACCAACCUUGCGUGAAGGGCCUCUGUGGUGGGGGGGCAAACGUUGACUGGGUCCUGCAACUGGCUGGCCAGGGCAGGAGACACAGCUUCAAGGAGACGGGGUCAGGUCGACCUGGCAGGGCUUCUGGCUUAUGGAGCUGCCACAGUAGAGGAGAGUUCAAAACAGACACCCCCGAGAUGUCGGAGCCCAGCGAGGCACCAUCACAUGCGCCCACUGCCAGUGUUCCCAUGGACAGCAAUGUAGUGGCCAUUAUCAUAGCGACCACAGUUUCUUCUUCCGUGUUCAUCGUGGCCAUUUUGGUGCUGCUGCUGCUUUUGUAUCACCGAGACCCUCUGUGCUGCCAGUUUCUGUGCUCCUGCCGCUUCUUCCAGAAUCCCAGCCAAUAUGACUGUCCUCCUCCGUACUUCAGUAGCAACCAGCGAUUGGUGGGGCUCCAGUCUGGAACACAACGUUUGGAGAGCGCUGCUGAAAAUUCUGGCACUGUACAGGGGGACGAACUCUUCUGCGUUGGACCCCCCAGCAGCUAUCAGCUGCCUCCAUGGGAACAGCCACGUCUGCCAAGCUACGAGAGUGUGCGGAAGAAAGAUCGGCAGCGGGAGAUCCACCAGAUGAUUGCUGAAAGGUUUGGCUUGUGGGCGGAAGUCUCCCAAGAGCUACCACCACCCUAUGAACAGGCCUUGAGGUAUCCUGCAGCUUUAUCAGGAACUGGACCGGGUUCAGAGUUGUCAGCCAGACAGAGCUUGCCGGACAUGCUCCAAGCCUCGCCCACAUUCCAACCUCACAGAAACACAUCGGUAUAGGCCGAGUCAGUCCCCCUAACUGUCUCUGGGACAGCGGCGUUCGCUACAUGGGUUUCCUGUCUACCAUGCACUCUGCUAAGCCCUUUUCCCAGUGCGACAGUAGCUGAAAGAAAUGCUCUAGAACAUUCCAGACAAAACCAGCCAUGUUCACGGACUAGCAGUGAGAACAAACAAUAGAAGAUCUGCACACCCCCAGCUCUCUGGAACCAACAGUGAAAACGGAUGGGUAACGGAUGAAAUGACUCGAAGAAUAGAAUCUCUUCUUUUGUGAAGUAUGAGAGGCUGGGGAAAUCUCCCAUCUGGAAUGGUCUAGAUCCAGGGAAUCCUGCCAACCAAUACAGAGGACUGAAUCUUAAGGGUACUUUCCUGCCCUAGGAAUAAAUAAGCCAAGUACAAAUGCUUCAGGAACUUGUCAGCUCCAGUGGGAGUGAUACCUUGAACAAAGCCAGUCAGAAGAUUGCCACAUCAUUUUAAAGGGACGGAGCAAAGCUGCCUAACCAAAGAAAAUCCUUGGAGGAGCCACAGGCAGUUUCAGUAGAACAAAGAAGAGACACCGCUGCGAGACCCCGAGAGAUGGCAAACCUUCCAAGUAUUAAAUCUCAAAAGGGAGGCAUCUCCAUUGCCUUGUUGGUUGUCUUCGAACUCUUAAUAAGCGACUGGCGCUUUGAGUGACGGAAUGAAUGUACUUUGCCCUCCAGUUGUAUCAAUCAAUGCAGCCCUACUACUUGAACAAAUUCCAGUGCGACUCUCCUCCACU